GUGUCCUCGGGGCUGCAGCUUCCCCUUUUCCCGGCUCCGCUGCGGCGGGGGGCGCCCAGCACCAUGGCCUCGGGGCUGCGGUACCCGGGCAAGGUUGCCAUAGUGACGGGGGGCAGCCGGGGCAUCGGGGAAGCCAUCGUCAGGGAGUUCGUUCGGCAGGGGACUCACGUGGUCUUCUGUGCCCCCGAAGCUGAAGGGGCCGCGGGGCGGGCGCUGGAGCAGGCGCUGCGGGACUCAGGGGGCCCCGGAGAGCCCCAUUUCCAGCCCUGUGACGUCACCAGUGAACGGGACAUCCAGGCGCUGAUUGCGGUGACCCGUGAGCGUUACGGACGCAUCGACUGCCUGGUGAACAACGCCGGACGCCAUCCCCCCGAAGAGCAAAUAGACGACAUCACCUCCCAGCAUUUCCGGGAACUUCUCGAGGUCAACCUGGUCGGCUACUUCCUGACAGCAAAAUUCGCCCUGCCCUACCUACGGGAGACCCAGGGCAACGUUAUCAACAUCUCCAGUCUCGUUGGCAUCAUCGGACAGAGACAAGCUGUUCCCUACGUCGCCACCAAGGGCGCGGUGACGGCGAUGACGAAGGCCAUGGCGGUGGAUGAGAGCAGAUACGGGGUGCGAGUUAACAGUAUCUCUCCUGGGAACAUCUGGACCCCCAUGUGGGCGGAGACAGCCGGGCAGACGCCCAAUCCGGAGGCCACGAUCCAGGCUGGGAAGGAUGCCCAGCUGCUGGCGCGGAUGGGCACGCCGGAGGAGUGCGCCCUGGCAGUGAUGUACCUGGCGGCCGAGGGCACGUUCUGCACCGGGAUCGACCUGCUGCUGAGUGGGGGGGCCGAGCUGGGUUAUGGACCCAAGAGCCAGCUGGGCCCCAGCUAGGGGGCGGGGGGGGGGGGAGCCAGGACUCCUGGGUUCUCCCCCUGGCGCUGGCUGAGUUUGCCAGCGGGGCCCGUACCUCCCAAUUAUUCGCGUUCCAAAUGCUUCACGGGGCCGAGCGUAAACGCUGCGGGUCGGCUCCCUCCCUCUGCGCCCACUAGGCUCCACUCCCCUCCCAAACCUGGGGAGAGAACCCAGGAGUCCUGCCCCCCAACUAGCCCCUCCAGACUGGCCCCCACUCCCCUCCAGAGGCUGAGGGUCUCUGUGGCUUUGGGUCCCUCCAUAGGGGGGUUGAGCAGCGAGGGGGCACCCUAAUCUCCGGGGGGGGGGGAGAUCUGGGCAGUGAUGGGGGGCCCAAUCUCUGUGUGUGGGGCGGGGUCUAGGCACCAGCAGGGGACCCCAAGCUCACAUGACUAAUAGAGAUGAUUUGCAAACAA